UUUUAAACUUUUUUUUUUUCCUUAUUUUCAUCAUUUAGUAAUAAAUAAUAAACGAUCUGGUACGUUAAUACAAGAUAUAAUAAUAGUUGGUUAUUUUAUUUUUUACAACACUUAUAAAAAUAUUAUGUGUAAUUAUUUAACCAGAUUUAUUUUUAUUAUGUCAUUUUAAACUAAAAUGCUUGUAAUUAACAUAAUUUAGUUACUCACUCUAUUUAUGAAAUUGAGUCGACUUUAUAAAAAAUGAAAUCUUCCUGUACAAUUAUUGUCCGUCAUAUGCCACCGGAAAUUACGGACGAGCACAAAGUUGAUUUCCUACAACACUUUGGUGCCCAGCACGUCAAGUUAUUAACAUCUAAAGCACAUAAAAGAUGCAUUGCAUAUGCCAGAUUCGAGUCGGAAGAUAUAGCAGAGGCUGUGAUUCAACGAUUGCAUCAAAGAGAGUUGUUCGGUCGGAGGUUGACUGUGGAAAUGUCUCCCACGGAUCUUGACGUCAAUCUCAUGGUAUGUCCUAAGCCGCCGCCACAGAUCGAAUGCAACAAUGAUGAUGUUAAAAAAUUGCAAGAAGCCUAUGUAAAAAAAUUAAACAGUUGGACCACGGGACUAAACUUUGAUUUACCGCCACCACAUCACCUGCGUUACUGUUAUCCCAGUCCUAAUCCUCAUAUAUUGUCAAAUAUAGCUCACGCAUUGACUAUUAACAACAAAUUUUACUACCAAGUACUUCAUUUGAUGAACCGCAUGAACUUGCCGGCGCCUUUUGACCAGGUGGAAGGCCAAAAACCAUAUGUUUUUCAGAAAAGUGAAACUGUGGAUUGUUAUACGACCAUGUAUGAGACCGACCCUGAAUUAUCCGAAUCCGAAAUGGAAAGUGAAGAAGACGAAGCGGAUAUAAAAGAUAAAGCUGUAGUUAAACCGUUGGAAUUAAAAAGGCCAAAGUCUAAGGGGUUAAAACCAAAACGGCUAAAGGUUGCUACUGGUUCAGUUCCAAAAAAAAGUAAAAUUGAGGUGUCUCAAGUUUUUGAUACAGUUGAGCGGGAAUCGCAUAAAAAAAUUGAACUUAAGGUUUCCUCGGAGUUAAAACCAGUGGAGGGGCCACCAGCCGAUACCGAAGGAGGGUUUGGAGUGAUAUAUUCAACAAAACCUCUAGAAGUUCAAGAAGACAAUACUGAAAAUCCAUCCGACGAUGAUGCAAUCACUGGCGAUUGCAUAAGCAUAGAAGAAUUGACUGCAAAUAGAUUAUCAAACAAAGACUUGAAAAAUUUACCUGUUUACAAGAAUUACCACCCCGGGGCUCCAUCUUGCAGAUUAUACGUGAAGAAUCUAGCCAAAACUGUUACAACCGAAGACUUGAAAUUCAUUUAUAAACGAUUUAUUACCUCCGAAGAACUUCAACCAGGAACAAUGUUUGAUGUACGGUUAAUGCAAGAAGGGCGGAUGAAAGGUCAAGCGUUCAUAACAAUGCCUCAAGUGAAAAAUGCUAGUCAAGCCCUGGACGAAACAAAUGGUUAUAUUUUAAAGGACAAGCCAAUGGUAGUACAGUUUGCUAGGUCGGCGACAGCAAAAUGACGUAGUUUAAUUAAUAAUAAUUGUAAACAUGUACAAAUAAUUAAAAAUAAAAUUGAAUUUUUACAGUUUAAA